AUGUUUGGAGAAAUGGUGCCCCACCAUCAGGGCUCAGCUUUACUGAAUGAAACCAAUGUGGUCAAAGUACAUCCACUGAAUCCCCAGCCACCUGGGCCUGUGGACAUUUCUGUAGUUCCGUAUGAAGGCUUUGUGCAACAUCCUUAUACACAAAGUUCUGCCCAGCCACCUCCCCCACCUCCCCAUCACCCUUCAAAUCAGCUUCAUGAUGCAGUGGUCAUCUCCUCAACUCAGCACCCUGGCCAGCCCCAUGGGACAGUCAUGCCAACCUAUAUGCAACAGCAACCCAUAGCUCACCCUGCUCAAGUCCAAUCCCAAGACAACCUCUUACUUGGCCAUUAUCAGUCUGCACACCCUCAUCAUGAUAUAGUCGUGCCAGCCCCCCACCAACAAUAUUCAGCUCCUCCCCCUGGCACUGUCAUGUUUGCUUCUCACCAGAAUGCCUACCACCAGCCUCAGGAUAUUUUACCUACUCAGCAGCAGUUUGUUGGUCAGCCACAGGCUGCACCCUUCCCAGGAGUCUUGGUUUCUCCCACACCCCAACAUGCGCCUUAUGCUUCGCAUGAUGGUGUAGUACAUACUGGCCAAACCCUCACUGCUCACCAGUCUUCUUACCCCAUGCAUGACCCACUCCUUUCACCCUCUCCACAUCAUGCAGGCUUGUUGCACCCAUCUGUUAUGGUCAACCCUCACAUGCCAGGUCCACCUCCUGUGCCAGCAGCUCCACAUCAGUACCCAGGUCAGCUUCACAGCUCAGUACUACCUGCUUACCACAACCAGUAUCCAGGCUCCAUCCAGGGUACGGUUGUACCAGGUCCUCCUCCUCCUCCUCAACAUCAUAAUGGAAUGGUUCCACCUUCUCAUCAACAUGCAACCCCCUUGCAUGGCACAGUUGUGGCCCCACCUCAACAUCCAAAUCCUCUAACAGGUGGAGUCAUAGCUCCAUUACACCAAAAUCCAGGAUCUCUGCAUAACCCCAUGCUGCCGUCAGCAGCACACCAGCACCCUGGAUCUUUGCAAGGCACAAUUGUGUCCCACCAGCACACCAGUCCGAUACACAGUGCAGCUGUAAUGCCGACCCAUCACCAUCAUCAGCAGCAGCAGCAACAUCCUGCUGCAAUAUUUGGAAAUCUGACUACACACCACCAACAUCCAGGUUCCAUGCACCCUAAUGUUUUACCCUGUCCCCGUCAGCAUCCACCUUCUGGUCGGUUACACAACAAUGUGGGACCACCAUCAUCUCGUCAACAACAUCCAUUAAAUGGAGUUCUGCCUCCCCUGCCAAUGCAACAACAGCAGCAUCACUCUUCUUCAAAAUCUAAUGAUAAUGAUUCGGCAGGGUUGCGUCAACUGCUGCCAUCGUCCUCCUCCUCAUCAUCAUCAUCAUCAACAUCAUCUUCAUCAAAAGCAAAUGAUAAUACAGGGCUUAGUGCUACUAAUACUACAACAACAACAACAACUUCAACUGCUGGAAGUCAUCACAAUCCUAAAGUGAUUGAUUCUACUAUCACUACUAUUUCACAGGCAACAAGUACCCAAAGCAAGUUCUUCUCAACUUCAGCAAGUUCAUCCAGUGUCAGCUCUGACUUGGCUGGUCAAACUUCCUCUCAACAUGUACCAAUUAAGAAGUUGGGUACCCUUGCCUCCAAAUCAAACGGUUUCAGCGAAUCAAGAGUGAACCAUAAGGUUGGCCAGUCCUCUUACAAGGAUUUAUCAACAGCAAAUGAUUCUACCUCGGGGAAGGCAUCUUCAACAAAUACCAACCAUGGACCCUGGGAAAACAGAACCACUUACUCAACCACCUCCAAUUCUCUCAAGAGUGCCUCUGUAUCGUCAUCUUUGUCAACUACAUCAAUCGAAACCGUUGUCACCAGUGCUGAAAGAUCUGCUUCAAUUUGUUCUCAGCGAAGCCUCCCGAGUCAGUCAUCUCUCAUACCACCACCACGGAUGUCCCUCUCGGUAAAUGGCAUGCUGCCCCCAACCAACAGCAUGGUAGGUAGGCUGCUUGGUUAUCAGCAUUCUAAUGGCAAUUCCUCUGCAAGUGGAAGGGCUGUGUCACCACUGUCGUCUAAAAAAGAUCCAACGGCUUCUUCAACAUCUAAUUCUGAUGUUGAUGCCAUUAGCACGAGUCUAGAAAAAAGCAGGCUUCAUGACAACCAGUUUAGCAGACAGCUGGACAACACCAACGGCAACAAUCGGCGACGUUACGUAUCAGAAUCAUGGCGCAGGCAAAACAGUGAAUCCGCAGCUGCCUCUUAUUCAUAUCCUAAGCAGCAGCAGCCACUGUGGAGCUCGAGCCCGAAGGACCCACUAAAGGUUGUAAACCUCCCUGUUGAACAGAUGAAGCGUCCUGUGUAUCCACUGAAGAUGUCAAAAAAUUCAUAUUCGGCGGCAGAGAAUUCCAAUCCCCAACCACCUGAGAGAUUCUGUCAUGAUGGGGAUAACAAUAAUCUUUUCUUCUUUCUUCCUUUUCUUCUUUUUUUAUUUUUCCUCUUUUUUAUUUUUAUUUUUUCGUCUUUUUUCGUCUUUUUUCUGUUUUCUUUUUCUUCAGUAACAGUAUUUCAUUAUCAUAUAUAUAUUCCUUGA